AUGCCUGUCUGGCUUUCGUAUCCGUCGUCACGCAAGGACAGCGGUGAGACUGCUGUGAAGCACUGUUUGUUCUACUUGAUUCCCGGAAACCCGGGCUUCAUUGAGUAUUAUGCAACCUUCCUCUCGGCCCUGCGAGGUCUUCUCGACGAGAUUGAGGACAAGAGUAGCAUCCGGUUCACCAUCCUGGGCCGAAAUCUGCUCGGGUUUGAUGAUGGUGACAAUGGCGACGAUGGCAGCGGCUCGUACGGCCUCCGUCCAUUUGAUCUGGACACGCAGAUCCAGGCAGCCAUGGACGCCAUAGCGGCCGCCCGGAUUGACACCAACCACGGGCCACGACAUGGCGAGCCGUUCGACGAGGUGUUCCUUUCUGGCCACUCUGUCGGGAGCUACAUCGCGCUCGAGGUGUUUCGUCGGCACCAAGAGCUGAUGAAGCAGCCUACGACUUCUGCAGCCACGGGCGUCUCGCAUCUCCGGCUGCGUGCCGGCUUUCUGUUGUUUGCCACUCUGACCCAUCUAGCGAAAUCGCCGAGCGGCCGAAAUUUGGAGCGGCUGCUGAACACACCGCUCCUUGGUCCAUGCGCACCGUGGCUGGCAGAGAGAUUUCUCGCAUGCUGGCCGACAUGGGCGCUGGGCUGGAUCGUGGGAAGCGUCCUCCAAUUUCCGCCUCAUGCAGCCAGCGUCACCACCCGGUUCCUCAGCAGCUAUGGCGGUGUCCGACAGGCACUGUAUCUGGGAGGCGACGAGCUGGUAAACAUUGGCGAGGAUGAGUGGGCAGACGAGGUGUGGGAGCUGGCCCAAGACAGCGGCACGGGGAGAGACACAGAAAAGCAGCCGACGCCCAAGUUUGUCAUUUUGUUCGGCCAGAACGACCACUGGGUUGCCAACGAGUAUCGAGAUCGGUUCAUUGCCCGCCGCGCAGAACAUGCUUUGCGUGACGAGCCGCUGCAUAAAAGGGGCAGAGCACAGAUCGUAAUGGAUGAAAAGGGGCUGCCACACGCAUUUUGUCUUCGCCAUGGAGAAGAGGUGGCAGAAAUGGUCAGGAGUUGGAUAUCUGACAUUAUCGAGGAUUUUUGA